AUUGGCUGUUAUAAUUCUAUCCAUCCAGAUGGAGUAAAUCCAUAUAAUUGCAAUGGCCUGAACUGGAUUGCUUCCACCCUCUACAUUCAUCAGAAUAUUACUCAUUUAGUGUAUUGGGCACCACUCACUUCUGCUAAAAUAAACUUGGGCUAAAAUGGCUGGAAUUGCAGCAAAGGCCUUGGUUUCUUCAUCACUGUCUGGUGCAGGGGAGCUUGGCAGGAAACAGCUGCUGUUGGGAGGGAAAGCUUUGGUUAAACCCCACUCUACAUCAUCCAAGAGAGCUUCCUUUGUCGUCAGGGCUGCAUCAGACAAACCAGUCAAGCAAGGCGACAGGCAGCUUUGGUUUGCGUCAAGGCAGAGUCUUUCCUACUUGGAUGGCAGCCUUCCUGGUGACUAUGGAUUUGAUCCAUUGGGCUUGAUGGACCCCGAAGGCCCUGGAGGCUUUAUAGAACCAAGUUGGCUUGUUUAUGGAGAGAUCAUCAAUGGGAGAUAUGCCAUGUUGGGUGCAGUUGGAGCCAUUGCCCCUGAGAUUUUGGGCAAGAUGGGCCUAAUUCCACAAGAGACAGCACUUCCCUGGUUCAGUACCGGUGUCAUUCCUCCUGCUGGAACUUACAACUACUGGGCUGAUCCUUACACACUAUUUGUACUAGAGAUGGCUCUGAUGGGAUUUGCAGAGCACAGAAGAUUACAAGACUACAACAAGCCAGGGUCAAUGUCGAAGCAAUAUUUCUUGGGAUUGGAGAAGUUCUUAGGUGGUUCAGGCAAUCCUGCAUACCCUGGGGGCCCUCUGUUCAAUCCAUUGGGACUUGGAAAGGAUGAGAAGGCCAUGAAAGAGUUGAAGCUUAAGGAAGUAAAGAAUGGAAGGCUUGCAAUGUUAGCCAUCGUGGGUUACUUCAUCCAGGGUCUUGUUACUGGAGUUGGGCCAUUCCAGAACCUCUUAGACCAUUUGGCUGAUCCUGUACACAACAAUGUCCUCACCAACUUGAAGAUCACCAAUUUUCAAUCUUAUUAAUUUCCUCUGCUUUGGCUUUGUUCUUAUUGAAUAUUCUAACUGUAUUGCAUGAGAAAACUACUGUAUGUGUACAAUUGCAAUGUAAAAACAGUUAAACCUUUGCUCGAAGUAUAUGUAGCACAUGGUUACUGAAGGCUUUUCUA